GUCUCAGAUGAGGGUCCCUGGUUAGUGGUGAACUACGGGAACCUGGCCUGGUUGCACUACCACGAGGGAGAACAAGCAGAGAGUCAGGCUCACCUGUCAAAGGUCGACGCCCUGAUGAAUCCAUCUCCAUCCCAGGACGAGCUCCAUCCAGAGAUCUACGCUGAAACAGCCUGGAUGAUGAAGUUCAGCGCAGACAAAAAGCUGCUGGCUGCAGAUAGAGCCAUCAGGACGCAGCCGGACAUGGUGGAGUGGCACACCAGCCAUGUGUUAGUGUUAGUCAGUGCUUAUGACCACCACAACAAAGAGCUGGAGGCUGACAUGAAAAUCACCAGGGAACAUGAUCCAGAGAAUUACCUUGCUGCUCUUCACAGUGAGGCCUGCGCUGAGAAAAGGAACAAAGUAGAAGCUGAAGCACGUGAGUUGGCCAGAAGAGUUUUAAAGCCCGUCAGCAGCUAUAGUGGCAUCAAACCAUUACUGAGGCUGUACUGAAGCCAUGUAUCUAUGGAUGAGGCUAUUGAUCUGGCAGAGGAGAUUCUGGAAAGAAAAAGGUGCACUGCAAUCUGCUACAAGAUGAGGAUCCUUCUGCACAAGGACAAUCCUCUGGAGCACAGCAUGAUCAACAGAGCAGUCAGUCUGUGUCGGGAAGUGAUCUCUCUUUACCCUCAGUCUUCAAUUAAAAGAAAAAUUUACGGACACUCAAAUGACCCAGACGAAGCUGACCAGAUAUACGAAGAACUGCUGGGAAGUGAUCUGGAUCCGAAGGGUCAGAUGUUUUUUAACUACUAUGCAAAGUAUGUACAUUUCAUUGGAAAGGAGAGCUACAGGUCCAUAGAAUAUCACAUGAGGGCAGCAAAGAUAGUGUUUCAGUCUUACUUUGAGAACAGCAUCAGAAUACUGGAGAGGAUUAGAGACAGGAACAGAAACCGAACAACAGGUCCUGGAUAACCUGCAAAACUAAGAGCCUGUAAUACAGAGAGAGCGUCUUCCUGUACUGUGUUUGGAACCACACAAGCUCUAAAUCAAGAAUAAUUAUUGUAAUUAAAUAAGAAUUAAAUUAAACUCUCUCCCCAAACAAAUCUGAGACUGUACUGAUCCAUCCAACGUCAAAUCACUGAUCAAAACUCACCUUAACUGCGUUUAAUGAUUUUAAUAAUACAUUGUUGUUGAGUGUUGUAGAUAUAGCUGUCAUUUCUCAGGGUGUUGUUUUUAUUAUCUUUUUCUUUUC